UUUACCGACGCAAUAACUUACUAAUUCUUGAUUUAGCCGCAAGAAGUGACUAGAGCGCUACGAUACAUUUUCGAACUACGAGUCGCAUCGCGGUGUCGGUCGGUGUCGCGAUUGGGAAAAAAAAAUAAUAUAAAUCAAUACUGUAUUACAUGGGAUUCGCACGUCGACGUUUACGUAAAAUGCGGAAUCACACGGAGUUACCAAUUUGUUACACGCUUUUAUCCUCGCGGCAUUCUACGAACGGCUCUCCGAUGUGACAGUUUUUCGAAAAAACUGACGAAUUUUCUCUCGAAUGAGUCGCAAGCACUGUAGCAGUGAAAGCUUCCCCGUUCCUAAAAGGUUUUACAAAUAUCUUGAAACACCUGAAGACUGAUAUUUUAUUUGCCUAUUAAAACAGCCGCGCGAUACCGAUAAACCAAGGUUCCUCGACACUUAUUUAUAUCAUCUGACAGUUAACCAAUCAACCGUUUCAUCUCGGAAUGGAGUCCAGCAACGAAGUUCCUUUGCCAUUAGAACCCAUAAUAAAGUCGAAUCAGGUCGAGGAUAGGCGCUUAUGGGUGGGCAACUUAGAUCUAAGAGUUAAUGAGUACCAACUCCUAAAACUUGCCCAAAAAUACGGCACAAUCGAAAAGUUCGACCUGCUGUUUCAUCGAUCGGGGCCCCAGGCUGGUCAGCCGAGAGGAUACGCGUUCGUCACGUAUAAGACGAUCCAGGAUGCCAACACAGCCAAAGAUGCUUUGCACAACUUGAAAGUUGGAGCCAAGAAUAUCAUCGUCAGAUGGGCACACAGUGUCACCGAGUCGGACAUGGACAAGCCGAAACCAAAAAUAGAUAUUCCCGCGUUGGCCGGUGCGAAGAAGGAAGACAAGAAGAUAAGUCGGGAGACGGCUAUCCAAGCGAUUGAGGCGAAGCUCAAGAUGAUGAAAGAGUCGAAGGAGGAGUUCGAGCUGAACAAGCCGUUGGAAGGCUCACCGAUCGUACAGCUCUAUCAGAAGGCAGAAAAUCAAAAACCGUCCACCUCUACGCGUCACUACGGUCGUGCGAGCCACUACUACCAUCACAACAAGCCGUACACUCGGCAUAAACCGAGAAGAUAAUUCACGCGUACAUCCUUGAAUAUUUUUUCAUUUGCCGAACAACGGCUCAUCCUCAUUCGCGCUCCUUCCAUGAUUUCGUCUUGUAAUAUUUAUAUUAUUUUGUAUUAAUAUUUAUAAUAUUAUGGAUCUCGCUUUAACCCUGCCCAUCAACAAUUUUAUAUGUAUAUAUAUUUUUGCAUUAUACAUUGACAACCGAAAUGAAACGCGAUUCCUCAAUCGUAGACAGGCGAGUGCGUCGAUUCUCGCGAGCGAGAACGAAGACGGGAAACGAAGCUACGAAUAUUUUUAAUGAGCCGUCAGCGACGUGACUUAAUUCUUGCAGCUCGAAAUAUUUCUGCCGUGCGUUACGCGUGUUAUUCUGAAUCGAGUACUUUACGGUGUGGCACGUGCUGGAUCAAAUACCUUUUAACUUCCGAUAGCGAUCCUGUAUAUGAAUCUCUAGGUGUGAGAGAACUAAUAUGUACACCGACAUACAUGUAUUUUCGUAAUAUAUAUCUGAGGCUCCUUUUUUAUAUAAUAAAAUCAAACGUGACGCGCCGCGGAACGAAGUGUGAACUGCCCGAAUUGCUUCCAUUUUUCAUUUACAGAUAAAAAGGGGACAACAAGGGCGCAGAAUCGACGAGUGUGUAAGUGUAUGUACAAUUAUAAUACAAGAAACUUUUUAACG